UCUUGCCAUCGCUACUAGUAGAAAGUCACUGAAUGAGUAGGAGGGUUUUUACACUCUGUCGUUAUGGUUGAAUGAUGAGGGAGAAGAGCUGAUCCCUAAGGUGAACAAUGGCACUGAUGACCUGUCCAGUUGUAAUUGAAGGCUCCUUUCUGGAGGGCUGGAAAAAGAUUGACUCUGGUGGUUUUGGUCAAAUCUACAAAGCCAGGCAUCAUAAAUGGUGUUGUGAUGUGGCUAUAAAACUUCUACACGUUGAUGAUGUGACCGGUUCGUCUUUGUUGCAUGAAGUCGACAUGAUGCGCCAAGGAAGCAACCCGCAUGUUAUUCAUGUGUUCGGGGUGUUCAGGGGUCAGCUGCCUUUCUGCACAUCUACACCAAAGCUUGGACUAGUCAUGGAGUUCAUGGAGAGAGGGUCACUGGCCUCCUUACAGAAAACCUUACAAGGACCCUCGCCCUGGCCCCUGACUUUCAGGCUGACUCAUCAGGUGGCUCUGGGCAUAAACUUCCUCCACAACCUGUCCCCUGCCAUACUGCACCUGGAUCUGAAACCCAACAAUGUUUUAUUGGACUCCGCUCUAAAUGUGAAGCUAACUGAUUUUGGCCUUGCCAAGUUUUACCACACUGUGAGACGGAUUUCCAAGGAAAGCAACGAUGAAGGGGGAACUCUCAGCUAUAUGCCUCCAGAAGCCUUUAGCGUAUCAUAUCAUCCUACACUGGCCUCUGAUAUCUACAGCUAUGGUAUAGUGCUUUGGUCCAUUGUCACAGGAAGACAACCAUAUCCAUAUGCAAUGUCCAGCAUAGUGAGACUUCGCAUCCCACAAGGAGACCGUCCACCUAUGGACGAGAUCAGAUCUCAGGCUGCAGGGAUUGCAGGUCUGACAAGGUUGGUGGAGCUCAUGGAAAGAUGCUGGGAGACAAAACCCUCACAAAGGCCCUCCUCCUUUGACUGCACUGCUGUGACGGAAGAAUUGUAUAAGAUGCACAAACAUGCAAUUCGUAAUGCUGUUGACAAAGUGCUGGAGACACUGGACCAAAAAGAAGAAGAAGAAAGAUUAGCCCAGGAGGCUCAGACGGUUUAUAUUUCUCAGACCUCAGCGAGUGCCAGACUUGGAGCAGUGAAUCAUCAUUGUUGUGAUAAUGUGCCAACAGGAGGCCCACCGAUCCAGGAAAUGGCUGGUGAUUGGACCGCAAAUCAAAGAGACAAAGCAAGAGUUACAAAUUCAUCUUCCCCUCGAAGUAUGUGUCAUGGUGAACAGGCCAGGAUGAGAGAAAAUAUGAUGAAAACAUCAUCUGUUCAUCCCAUUCAGCCAUCACUGCCGCCUCUUGGGAAAAGGAGGAUCCCUCAAGACAGAGGUGCACAAAGUGCCCAGCUGACUUUUGAUAGACGCCAGUUAUCACAGUACCAGCGUCAGUAUUCAACCCCCGACACCGCUAGCCAUCGGCCUAGAGUCUGCAUCAACCUCAGCAACGUAACAGGACUUCAGAAUGGAGACAAUAACACCAUGCACAUCUACGCUACAGACCCCUUUGAAAGGAGGCGGCACCCAACGGCACCAUCUAACAUUAACCAUUAAGGAGGGAGGAAGACGGGAAGUGUUAACUGAGUCAUUAAGUUCUCUAAAUUUAACAUUUUAACAGUUUUCUGUUUAGCUUGUCCUGUCAGGAAGGUAGUAUGUAGAAGCUAAGGGCUUGGCUGGGUUGUUUGUCUUUAUCUUUUUUUUAGUUUGUUGCUUUUUAGAUCUGGGCAGGAUUCAGAUUUUUGUGUGAAGUGACUGGAUUUUUUUAACCGUCUUUAUUUAUUCUGCUUGUUUUGUUUAAUAUUCUAUCCCCCGUGACCAAAACCUCACACUUCUCCUUUGCCUUGUCAGAAGAUUAAAUCCCAGCCAAGUCCAAUCAUAUGUUUUUGCUUUUUCACAGUCGCAGUGCCAGCUCACCAGCUUGUGCCAAAACUAUUAAUCACAACAGGUACAUUUUUUUUUAAUUUUGUUAAAUAACGGUUCACUGGAAUAUUUUUUUGUUUGUUUUACCUAAAUGCACUUAUGAAGAGUGCUAGAAACUCUUCAAUAAUAUAAUGAAAUAUGGGUGGGCUGGGUCAUAUGCUCUGAAAUAUUCCAAAUAUAUAUUGUGUUUUUCAUGCUACUAUGAUACUACUUUAUGAUACUGUGAGUAUCACAUGUUCAGACCCCCAACAACUUUGUAAAGCAAAUCUUUUGUACAUUUUAUAUAGAGGGUGAAUUAGAGUGACAUUUUUUUUAUUAUUAUUUUUUUAAAAGGUUGUAUUUUAAAGGGUGUAUUAAAUGGCUUGUUGGACUGGAAUAUUUCACCCAGUAGAAGCGUGGCAUAGCUUCAGUUAAGUAUUGGGAAAAAUGUAUGUGAAGUAUUUUUCAUUGUAUUGUUUCGGAUGAAAUAUUCCGUCUUAAAUGAUAUGUCUGGUGCUACUCGACAAAAUGUGUUCGUCCAACUCUGACUGACUCAAGUCCAUUGUUCCUGUAUAAACCUUUAAAAACAGAUUUGUACAAAGAAAGAAGUUUUGUACAGUGGCUGUUAACUAUUUACAACCUCAGAAAGACUGAUCAUUUAACUCUGAAGGUACUUAAAUAAAGAGGCAUCAUUGAGAACUGGUGAUUGUCAUAAUACAGUU